ACUCGUGAAUGUGACACAUGUACAACCUAUGUAUAUGAAACUUCGUGAAGUGUUUUGUUUGUCAAAAUGAGCCCAAAGGCAGAAAGUGUUGAUGUUAUUUCUCCAGUUGAUGUAGCUAAACCUGAUUGUAUGAACGGCUCAAUAAAAGAUGCGAACGAUAUUAAAGAAGGAAAAUACGAAAAUGUUCAGAAUAUAUCAUUUUUCACACUGUUUCGAUUCGCCAGUACAUUGGAUAAAAUAUACAUGUUUCUGUCUAUCCUGUUUUCAACACUGUGCGGUAUAACGAUACCUCUUAGUGUAAUCUUCUUCUCCGACGUGCUGCAAGCUAUGGUGAACUACGGACAGUCAGUGGUUGCCGGAGCUCCCGCUAAUGAUGUAUUUCUAACAGCUAUUAGUGAUUUUGUAAUAUACAAUUGUGCACUGGGUUUGGUCGCUUUUAUUAUAUCGUACGCAGCGACAGUGCUUAUGAAUGUAGCUGCCCUAAAUCAGGUAUAUAACAUAAGAUGCGAGUAUCUAAGGUCUGCUUUGAAUCAGGAUUUCGAAUACUUCGAUACCCAUCAAACGGGAGAUUUCGCCCAGAAAAUGACAGACGAUAUAAGUAAAGUGGAGGACGGUAUUGGUGAGAAGUUGUCUAACUUUGUCUUCUACCAGUCGUCGUUCGUCAGCUGCGUUGUAAUGGCGCUCAUCAAGGGAUGGAAACUGGCGCUACUCUGUCUCAUUUCCUUCCCUAUCACGUUUAUACCUGUUGCGAUGGCAGGUUGGAUUUCCUCUCGAUUAUCAAAAAAAGAGGCCGAAUCAACUGGUAAGGCUGGUUCAAUAGCAGAGGAAGUGCUAUCCGCGAUACGCACUGUGUACGCAUUCAGUGGGCAAGAUAAAGACGUCGAAAGAUAUGAAAAACAUCUAAUUAAAGCAAGAGAUUGUAACAUUAAAAAAGCCUUGUACAACGGCAUAUCGAUGGGACUUCUGUACUUUUGCAUUUUCGGUUCUUACGCAUUGUCAUUUUGGUUCGGCUUCAAGUUAAUGUUUGACGAACCUGAGACGUACGAUGUUAACACUAUGUUAGCGGUGUUCUUCGGAGUGAUGACAGGCACAGGUCAGUUCGGAAUGUCAUCAAUGCUGAUGGAAGUGUUUGGCGUGGCGCGCGGCGCAGGUGUUCAGAUCUUCACACUGAUCAACAACGUGCCUAAAAUUAAUCCGCUGUUGAACCGGGGAACUACUCCAGCUAUAAUCAACGGCGAUAUAGAACUUCGAAAUGUCAUCUUCCAUUAUCCAUCUAGACCUGAUGUUCCUGUUUUAAAAGGCGUAAGCUUGAGUGUGAAGAGAGGUCAGUCGGUGGCGCUAGUGGGGCACUCGGGCUGCGGCAAGUCCACCAUCAUACAGCUCAUAUCGCGCUACUACGAUGUAGUCGACGGCAGUGUGUGCAUUGAUGGUAACGACGUGCGCGAUCUAUCGGUGCGCUGGCUGCGAUCUCAAGUGGGCCUGGUGAGCCAGGAGCCGGUCCUGUUCAAUGCUACAGUCCGAGAGAACAUCCGCUAUGGCCGCCCUGACGCUACUGAUGAAGAGAUAGAAGCUGCAACACGGCAGGCUAAUGCACAUGACUUUAUUAUGAAAUUACCAUCGGGCUACGACACACUAGUAGGCGAGCGCGGGGCGUCACUGUCAGGUGGACAGAAGCAGCGUAUCGCUAUCGCACGUGCUCUGAUCCGCAACCCACACAUCUUGCUGUUGGACGAGGCCACCAGCGCACUGGAUACAGCUUCUGAAGCUAGAGUACAAGUAGCACUAGACAAGGCUCAAAAAGGUCGAACCACCAUAGUCGUCGCACACAGACUAUCAACGAUAAAGAACGUUGAUAUGAUAUAUGUUUUCAAAAGCGGUGAAAUCGUUGAACGCGGCAACCAUGAGGAGUUGAUGAGCAUUAAAGGCCACUACUACGAUAUGGUGAUGGUACAAGCAUCUCCUGAUAACACCGAAACUGCAGAUUCUAAGAAUAUUAUCGACCGCUCUACUUCUGUUAUAAGCAACGAAGCAGACGGAGAAGAAUUUGUAGAUGUCAAAAUGGAGGAGAAGGCACUAGAGCCGGUCACCGAGGAUGUGUCAUUCUGGCGCGUGGUGCGCCUCAAUGCGCCGGAGUGGCGCUCCGUGUCCGCCGCCAGCCUCUGCUCACUGCUCGGCGGCUUUGCCAUGCCACUGUUCGCUGUCAUCAUGGGGGACUUCCUGGGGGCGCUAUCAAACACCAACAUCGACGAAGUAUUCGCUGCGAUCGAAAGAUAUGCUAUAAUAUUUGUGAUCAUUGGCGUUAUAUCAGGAAUCGUCAACUUCAUAGUGGUAUAUUACUACGGCGUGGCUGGAGAAUAUCUGACAACAAGAUUACGUUUAUUACUAUUCAAGAAUCUUCUUCAACAAGAGAUAGCAUAUUUUGAUGACAAAGCGAACUCCACUGGCGCCCUCUGUGCACGACUCUCUGGAGAAGCGGCCGCCGUGCAAGGCGCGACUGGCCAGAGAAUAGGCACUGUGCUUCAAGCAAUCGGUACAGUGAUAUUCUCAGUGGCACUCGCACUAUACUACCAGUGGCAAGUGGGCCUCAUCUCUAUGUGCAGUGUGCCGUUAAUGGCCAUAGUGCUCUAUUACGAGAGCAAAUACGCGAACACCGCUACUUUCGGAUCCACGAAAUCUAUGGAAGCGAGUUCAAAGUUAGCAGUGGAAGCAGUUGCAAAUGUCCGUACGGUGGCUUCCCUGGGUCGUGAAGAAAUGGUUGUCAAAGAAUAUUCUAUGCAUUUACUGCCCGCCUUGAUCCGUGCUAAGAAAACCUCCCACUGGCGCGGCAUUAUAUUUGGUUUAUCGAGGUCUAUCUUCAACUUCGCGUACGCCGCUUCUUUAUUCUAUGGAGGAACGCUCAUGAUCUACAAACACAUUGAUUAUGUUCUUAUACUCAAAUCAGCCGAAGCGUUGUUGAUGGGGGCCAGUUCAGCUGGACAAGCGUUCGCUUUCGCACCUAAUUUCCAAAAAGGAAUAAAAGCCGCUGGACGUAUUAUUGUAAUUCUUAAUAAGAAAUCUGAAAUUGUUGAUUCUAUUAAACCAGCUGUUGAAAACUUUAGAGGUACCGGGGAAGCAAGUCUUCGUAACAUAGACUUCAAGUACCCGAGCCGGCCGGCAGUGCAAGUGCUAAAGGACAUGAGCCUGGACAUUCCGCGCGGGGAGACGGUGGCGCUGGUCGGCGCCAGCGGCUGCGGGAAGAGCACCAUCAUACAACUACUGGAGAGAUACUACGACCCUAACGACGGUCUAGUGAGUCAAGAUGGUAUCCCACUGCCGAAGCUCUGUAUGAAGGAUUCAAGACAGACGAUCGGCUUCGUGCAACAAGAACCGAUAUUGUUCGACUUGACUAUAGCCGAGAACAUCGCCUACGGAGACAACUCGAGAACACCCAGCAUGGAGGAAAUCAUCGAUGUAGCUAAACAGGCGAACAUACACAACUUUAUACUGUCGCUACCUAUGGGCUACGAUACAAACAUCGGUUCGAAAGGCACGCAGUUAUCUGGAGGUCAGAAGCAGCGAGUAGCCAUCGCGCGGGCGCUCAUCAGAAAACCCAAGAUGUUAUUGCUCGAUGAAGCUACCAGCGCUUUGGAUACUGAAAGCGAAAAGGUUGUUCAGGAAGCGCUGAACGCUGCGAAGGCAGGUCGCACGUGCGUGAUGAUAGCUCACCGGCUGAGCACGGUGCGCGACGCGGACCGCAUCUGCGUGCUGCGCGACGGCGUCGUGGCGGAGAGCGGCUCGCACCAGCAGCUCAUGCAGGCGCAGGGGCUCUACUACAACCUCAACAGACGAGGAUAGAAUAACAUUAACUACUGUUAUAUAUGAUACUAACGAAAUAUCGGUUGAGUUAUUGUCAAAAUACACAGUACUAAUUCAAAAUGCAUAAUAUAAAAUAAAAGUAUCAUUUUAUUAUAUUUAUGUAUUGAU